UGGCAUUAAACAGCACAGAAUUACUGGCAACCGUGUCUAUCCCAAACCCUAGCCGUGAAUUCGCCUCCGCUUCGAAGAUGCAGAUCUUCGUGAAAACCCUAACGGGGAAAACCAUUACCCUGGAGGUGGAGUCGUCUGAUACCAUCGACAAUGUCAAAGCCAAGAUCCAGGAUAAGGAGGGUAUCCCGCCGGACCAGCAGCGCCUCAUCUUCGCCGGAAAGCAGCUAGAAGAUGGACGCACCCUUGCCGACUACAACAUCCAGAAGGAGUCCACCCUUCAUCUCGUACUCCGUCUCCGCGGAGGCGCUAAGAAGCGCAAGAAGAAGACGUACACCAAGCCAAAGAAGAUCAAGCACAAGCACAAGAAGGUCAAGCUCGCCGUCCUCCAGUUCUACAAGGUUGAUGACUCUGGCAAGGUCCAGAGGCUGCGCAAGGAGUGUCCCAACGCUGAGUGCGGUGCUGGAACUUUUAUGGCCAAUCAUUUUGACAGGCACUAUUGUGGUAAGUGUGGGCUUACCUAUGUCUACAAUAAGGCCGGUAAUGAUUGAGAAACUGAGUUAUCUCCGUGGGAAUUCUUGUUUUCUGCUGUUUUGAUUGUCCCAAUCGCUCUUUGCCGAUUAUGAUUUGAAUCUUUACUAUGAAUUUUUGGUUUAGGCAAUAUGUCUAAGACAUUAAAUGUGUUUUAGUUUAGUUUACAGUUAAUGGAUAAUUGCUAUUACUUUUAACAGUAUCUUUCAUGUGAUGAAAUUUUGAAUUCUGUUUGUUGGAUUAAA